GCAGUAACAACAAACAACAAGAACAACACUAAAUACAAGAGCAAACUAUUUGUUUAUUAUAAGACUAACUUUACGAGGUCGAGGGGAGCUUCAACUGCAAGCCAUGAUGUCUUCUUGCUAAUAUGGCCAUAUACGGCGCAGCCGCAGUCGUCUUACCCGAUUUACGUGCCAAGAAUUUAUGUUUGUCCAAAAUUGUGUCUUCGCAUUGCUCGCAAAUGCGGUUGACUUGCCUUCAAAUGUUUAAAUGAAUAAAAUUAAAAUUAAUAUUAAAUACCCCCGAAAAAAAGUACGACUCUUCUUCGGCCGCCUUCGCUUAGAACAACAAAAACAAUUUGGAAAUUUAGUGCAACCAUGAAUUUGGUUUUUUUUUUUCGAUAAUAGCAACAACAACAGUUUUACUGCUGGCUUCUGUUGUGGUGUGACUUUAUGCUGGAAAGAGGGGAGUAGAGGGGCGACACGUAUAGCAGGUGAAUAGUUUGAGGGUCGCUCAUAAAGAAUUCGUCAGGGGUAUUAUGUGUUGUCCAUCGUACCUUCCAUCCUCUGUCAUGCAUACGGAUGGAUUUCCCUUUCCGAAGCGAAUCACCACAAUACGUCUGCGGACCAAUAUAAAUAGCCAAACGAAUUUGGUAACGGUAUGUCAGUUCAAUUUUAAACAACCGACAGUGAUAACAAACCCCCAAAAAUAACCCAAGCCUAACAAUGAAAUCGUUCGCCGUUGCCGCUGUUGCCUCUACUUUGGCUAUCUCUGCUAAUGCCGGUUUAGCUCCCGUAGCUGCUCCCUACACCACCUUCGCUGCUGCUCCCUAUGCCGCCGCUCCCGUUGCUGCCGCUACCUAUGCCGCUGCUCCCUAUGCUGCUGCUCCUUACUAUGCCGCCCCAGCUGCCUACUCAGCUCCCUUGGUAACCAAGACCUUCGCUGCUGCCCCAGCUUUUGCUGCUCCCGCCGCUGUCUACAGCGCUGCCCCAGCUCCCUAUGUUGCUGCUCCCGUCGCUAAGACCUUUGCCGCCGCUCCCUUGGUUGCCAAGACCUUCGCUGCUGCCCCAGCCCCAGUUGUAGCCGCUGCCCCAGCUCCCGUUGUUGCUGCUGCCCCAGCCCCCGUUGUCGCCAAGGCUGUAGCUGCUCCUUUGGCUGCCCCCGUUGUUGCCAAGGCUGCCCUCGUUGAGCCCGAAGUUGUCGAUGCUCAUCCCCAAUACCAAUACGCCUACAAUGUCCAAGACACUUUGACCGGUGACUCCAAGACCCAAGAAGAGACCCGUGAUGGUGGUGUUGUCCGUGGCUCCUACUCCCUCAUCGAACCCGAUGGUUCUCGCCGUACCGUCAACUACUACGCCGAUGAUGUCAACGGUUUCAACGCUGUUGUCCAAAAGGAUGUGCCCGUUGCUGCUGCGGCCCCCGUCGUUGCCGCCCCAGCUCCAGUCGUUGCCAAGACCGCCUUUGCCGCUCCCAUUGUUGCCUAAACACAAGUUGCCACACUCCUCGCUUGACCAAUAGUAGUGAUAGAAGUGAUGCACGCCAUGGCACACCUCGUCAGACUCCACUCCAGUACCUUUAGGAAAUUAACUCAAAUUUUGCCACAACUAUUUUUUUGUUUUAUGUUUUGAAUUUUUGUUCUUCUCUCUUCGGUUAUCAUCGUUCUAUGCCAUGCAGGGCUGCCACAUAUCCAGAUCAGUUGAGUGCUCGGCAUUGGGUGUUAGCCCGUCAUUGCCAUGGGCCCAGAGAUUGAGUGCACUGAGACAUUGUUGAUUGCAGCGGUCGAACGGCUUUUCAUUUGUAAAUACUUACCCAAGUUGAAUCAUUGUCGUGUCGUUGUAAAAUUACUUUCAUCACCUAUUAUGACCAAGACAUUGAUAAUUAUUAAACAAAUUGUUAAAUAAAUCUUUUUUAUUACCAAAAAAAAA